AUGAUUGAUCAAGGCCUCCGCGUAAAAGACGAGUCCGCGGGGGAUGGCUACUUCUUUGCGUAUGGUGGAGACUUUGGGGACACUGUCAACGAUCUUCAGUUCUGCAUCAAUGGUAUGUUCACGCCUGAUAGAGAACCGCAUCCCGCUGUCGCUGAAAUUAAAUUCUUGAUGCAGCCGGUUGAACUUAAACCAAGCGAAAACUAUCGAGGAAAUGAAGGCCAAUUGCUUGUACAUGUGGCCGGCAAUUCAAACGCGGAAAUUGUCUUGAAUGUGAAAAAUCGAUACUCGUUCUCUAACCUGUCACAUCUCGUGUGGUCGUGGCAUUUGGUGAGCAACCGAUCGGUAGAUCCGAUCCGUUCCGGAUGCUUUGUCUUACAAUUAAAUGGAGACACUAUCACAGCCGUCGUGGUCUUGGAUGACGUUUUGUCGAGAGUCAUGUUGUUGGAAAGAAGAGGCGCGGUCGCUGAGAACUCGUACUUUCUCAACAUCAGAGGUUCUCUGCAGAACAAGACGUCUUGGGCAAAAUCUUCACAUGUAGUAGUUGCGCAGCAACUUCCUGUCGCUUUCCGCUUUGCGCAGCCAAAAAGUACACUUGCUCAGGAAGAACAAAUAAUGCAAUCGAAUGAGUCGUUGCGCAUGGUGGAAGAUGUAAAAUCGAUAUCGGUAUAUCGCUCAUCUCUGGGUGAUUCCAUUCCUUUCGCUAUCAUUGAUAAGGAGUCUGCAAGCCUGGCGUCCUAUGCUCCUAAUGGAACAAAUUUAUUUGAGAUCGGUGCACUUCAACAGAACUUCACCCGAGCCGCUACAGACAACGAUCGAGGGGGUAUGGAAUUGACACUCAACUUUCUUCAGCUAUUCGGUUUCCUUCAAGAUCUCUACGGUAGUAUUUGUGGAUACGAGGAUUUUUCCUACCAUAGCCACUGGAAAAUGGUCGGGUUGGACCAAAAAUCUCCCCCGGAAGUUGCUUGCAUUCGUACCCAACUGAAAGAAUCUCAAAACGGAGACGAAGCUAUAGUCGUCGCAUUUUGUACUGUUGGCCAAGAUCGGGUGAAACCUUUAUUUACAUUGACGGUAUCAUAUCAUUUCUACCUUGAUGGUAGAGUUAAAAUCUCGAACGAUGUUUUCCCAUCGAAGGCUAUUAGGAAAGCAACUUCACUGCCUCGGGUCGGCUUAUCCAUUAAAUUGAAAAAAUGCCUGACCGAGGUCAAGUACUUUGGUCGGGGUCCUGGCGAGAAUUACCCCGAUCGGAAAUCAGGCUCGGAAAUGGGAGUUUACACUACUUCACCGGCUGAAAUGGGAUACUCCAAGUACAUUGUUCCUGGAGAAAACGGGUCACGAACUGAUUGUGAGUGGGUUUCCUUCAGAUCGGCCGAGGGUGACGGUCUGUGUGUUCUUAGUGACAGAGCUAGAAGGUGUGGAUCCAGCUUCUCCUGCAGCGCUCUACUUUACGAUGCAGCCGAGCUUCAUACGGCUACGCAUACGCUUCCGGCGAGAAGAGACGGCGAACAUAUAGUACAUGUUAACAUUGAUCAUAAAAUUAUGGGUCUUGGAGGUGAUACAAGUUGGUUCCCAGGAGUCUACCCAGAAUAUUUGGUCAGCUCGAAGGACGCUUACAAGUACAGUGUGGUAUUGGUUCCGUUGGAGAAAGAAGACGAUGUCGCGUUGAAAGUAUAUGGCAUUCCUCGCUAGUAUGAGCGGCGCCCACAAAGUUUCCAUGCAAUGCUUAUUUGCUCAAAAUGCGCGCUGUAGCAUCGAUUGCGCAACACGAUGUGGAAACGUCCGACUCCCUGGACGUAGAUCUCGAAACGUGCGCUGAGUUUUCAUGUCGUCGAUACCCUGUGGCCUAGCAAGAGGACUCACGGCUGUAUGAAAAUGUGGUUUUGAUGGUUCGCCAAUAGCUGGAUGAGACUUUAAUGUGUCUCGUCCAUCAAAGCCAAACAAGGGACAUACAACGCCAAAUCGCUGAACCUUCACGCAUCCAUCAAUAUCUUUGGCCUUCGAAAUAACACUUGUGGACAUACCAACUUUCAUCUUUUGGAGAACAGUGACAAGACCAGCAAGACGAACAAACAAGGGGACACUAGCAAUAAAGAAAGCAGCCCCUCCUGACGCCCUGACAUCCUUUGCGGUAGCGUCACUUCGACAAAGGCGGGGCACGUGCCGUUUCUCAUGUACUCCCUUCGUAAGUUUCUUCGGUACAAUUCAUGGGGUAUAAUCCUCCGCCUUCUCGCAGUCAUCGACUCCCAACACUAUGCUCUCGACCAUAUCACUGUUGGAAUUAAUGACUAAACUGGAAACUGAUUCC